UGUGUGUACUUAUCCUACCGACCAAUAGGGGACUAUGGGUUGAUUGCACACCAACCAAUAGGGGACAAUUGACUGAGUGGGGACCUAAAACCAUAGUCCCCACCAGGAUAACAGCUAUACAUGAUAGCAGCUGUCAUGCUAACAUACCUAGCAUCAAUAUCUCUGAAAGUUUUCAUCGUCCCCAAAAGUUCUGAUUUUGUCCGAAUGUGUGUGUGUGCUGAAGAUCGAAGCUUAGGAGUGAGACACCUUUGGUCAGUGGCUGUAUUGCAGGUGUGUAAACUAUGCUGCAGGCUCCACCCCAAUGACAUUGUCUGAAGUCAGGUUCCGCCCACAGAAGUGGGCAUUGUCACAUGAUGUAUCAGGUGACCAUAAGCCACCAAGAAACCAGGAAAAGACAGUUACUGGAGAACAGCAAAGGAAGUUUACCCAUAGGCUAAGGUUACUAGCCUAUUAGACAUGGUGAAACCAAGCUUAUUACCUCUAUAUUGCCAUAUUCAACAGAAUCUCCAUAAAAAGCCUGUUUCAAAGUUGUGUUUUAUCUAUGGCCUAUGAUAAACCUGGUUUAACGGGUCAACUAACUUUAAAGUUUGCCUAGAUUUGUGUGUUAACGCCACUCCUUCCAGCAACAUGGCCAUCUUAGUUUAAUUUUCAUGUCAUUGAUUACUUGUUUGCACAAAUUAAUGAGUGAUUAUUCAACAUAGGCUUCAAGUAGGCUACUUUACAGGCCUAGCCUACUAUUACUAGAGUAUUACUAGAUUACUACACGUUUGAAAUCGUCUGUGUUACGUUCGCUAAUUGCAUAGUAUUUAAGCACUUCUCGACUAAUGUCCCCAUACAGACUAUAGGACACCCCUCCCCCCAACAUUUUGGCGGUUUGGCUGCACUCCCUUUUCCACUCUCGCACUCCCGGUCUCAUCAGACUCAAGUCCCCAAAUAGACUAUACGAACGGAUCCCCCCACCCCACCCCAGAUGCUUUUGGCGGGCUCAGUUUUACAACUAGGCUAUAUCAGCACUUUUUGUAUUCCAUAGGUUUAGUCUAAAACAUUUCUAAUUGAUGAUACCGGAAUAUAAACAAUUAAAUUAAUGAAAAUAAAAAUGUAUUAAUUUCGGUUAUUUUAUUUCAAACAACGCAAGAGAUUCACGUCCAAUCAGCAGCGAUCUAUCCCACAACGUCUUUCUUCUACAACAAGAAGUACUUUGACAAGCGCCAUUUUGAUGAAACCAGGAGUAGGUGAAACGUGGAGGAGAGGACACGUGUGUGCUGUAAAUAUAUUACUUGUUGAGCAUGUGAAAUGACAAGUACCAACUCGGAGAGGUUCUUAAAACGAAUUUUAGUUUUGCGCCAGCAUCACUCAAAGUGUGAAUCCCUCUAUGAUAAAAUGGCAACCAUGGGGAAGCAGGAGAGCGAUGCAGAAUCGGGAUACAAAACGGAAGGCCCAAAAAGAACAACAAAAGUACGAAAUAACAGUGCUUCAGAAUUAGUUCCAGAGCUACAGCGAACGGAAAGUGUGUUUCUCACAAAAGAGAUGCUGGGCAUUCCAAGGGAUUCUUUUCCCAGCAGUGAAGAUAGUGGCAGUGAGGACGAUUAUGUUCCGGACUCAAAUAGCAGCAGCUCAGAGGAGCCCAGUGAUGAGGAACCUGCAAAGAAGGUCAGGCCCAAAGUUUCUUCUGCCAAGUCCAGUGAUGAGGAACCUGCAAAGAAGGUCAGGCCCAAAGUUUCUUCUGCCAAGUCCAGUGAUGGCACAACAGCAACAACAUCCUUUUCUGCCACUGACAAUGAGAAGUCUUCAAGUGAGUCAGUAGUUGUAAUGAAUGUGAAAAAGAAAUCAGAUGGGUCAAGGGCCUACAGCAAAAGGCAUUUUUGUCUUUUUUGUUCAAAGCCUUAUGCAAAAAUGGCAAGACACUUGGAACAUGUACACAAAAAUGAAGCAGAAGUAGCUGCAGCUGUUAGAUUACCCAAAAAUUCAAAAUCAAGAAGAAUUCACCUGGACCUUCUGCGCAAAAAAGGAAACCGGGCACACAACAUUGACGUGAUUCGUGAAGGCUCUGGCGUGAUAGUUCCUUGUAAACAAACAAGUGACAGUAAUAUCAAUCCUAAAGAUUUCCUGCAUUGUUUAAGCUGCCAAGGGCUUUUCAAGAGAAGGUUUCUUUGGAAGCAUAUGAAAAGGUGCACUCUGGCUAGACAGUGUGGGGUACUCAAACCUGGCAAAAACAGAAUACAAUCACUCUGUGCAAACGCUCAACCUGUACCAGUGGGAGUAAGUGCUAAGUUAUGGAAGCUCUUAAGUGAAAUGAGUCAGGAUGAUGUUACCCAUGCCGCUAAAAAUGACGUGUGCAUUGUAAAGAUGGGAGAGCAAAUGUUUAACAAAAUUGGCCAUGAUCCUUCAAAACACGAAUACAUUAGGCAAAAGAUGAGGGAGGUUGGAAGACUGCUGUUAGCAGGUACACAGGAAUCCCCAAUGAAGACAAUGGAGGAUUUCAUUCUUCCGUCGAACUUUCCACAUGUUGUGAAUGCUGUGAAGGAUGUAGCAGGCUUUGACAGUAACUCCAAUUCUUUCAAAAUACCUUCACUGGCUUUAAAAUUAGGCCACAGCUUGCAGAAGAUUGCGAGCAUUAUUGAAUGUAAUGCAAUGAUAUCGGGGAAAAAGAAAAUUGUUGAAAAUGCACAACACUUCAAACAAAUUUACCGAACAUGCUGGAAUGAAAAUGUUUCCUCAUCUGCACUGAAAACACUUUCAGAAGCGAAGUGGAACACCCCACAACUGCUGCCAUUCACUGAAGAUGUUAAAAAAAUGCACAUGUACAUGGAUCAAAAACAAAAAGAAGCAUACCAACAGCUAACAAACGAGGAAUCAUCAAGGAACUGGGUUGAUCUAGCUGAGGUAACCCUCGCUCAGCUCAUACUGUUCAACCGUAGAAGAGAGGGGGAGGUGUCAAAAAUGCGCCUAACUGCCUUCACUGAAACUGAUGUGCCAUUGCAUGCAGAUGUAGCUGAGGCUCUAACUGCUCUAGAGAAGAAGCUGUGUGAACACUUCAAAAGGAUUGAAAUUCGUGGGAAGAGAGACAGGAAGGUCCCUCUACUGCUAACCCCAGCAAUGCAGGCGUCCAUGGAAUUGUUAGUGAAGACUCGUGCAUCCUGUGAGGUUCUCGAAAAUAACAUCUAUUUUUUUGCCAGACCUAGACAGGAAACGUUUAUUCGAGGCUACAAGUGCAUUCACCAGUUUGCAAAGGAGUGCCAAGCCAAAUACCCAGAGCGCUUAUCCUCUACGAAAUUAAGGAAACAUGUAUCCACACUUUCCAAGGUUUUGAACCUCAAAGAUACAGAAAUGGAUCAAUUGGCUGAUUUUUUGGGCCACAACAUCGCAGUCCACCGCAAGUUCUAUCGUCUGCCAGAAGGAACACUACAACUGGCUAAAGUUAGUAAAGUCCUGAUGGCCAUGGAAAGAGGGUGCUUAAUGGACUACAAAGGAAAGAAUUUAGAUGAAAUUGAAAUUGAUCCCAAUGAAACAAUUCCAGAGGAGAGUGACCAUUCAGAAAGCGAACUGACAGGCGAAGAACUAAGCCCACCUUCUACAUCCUACCUACCGUCAGCUGCUAAGAAACGCACUUCAAAGAAGAAACAGUGCAUGCAAUCAGAGGAAGAGUCCGAGGAUCCAGGUUCAGCUGCUAAGAAACGCACUUCAAAGAAGAAACACUGCAUGCAGUCAGAGGACGAGUCCGAGGAUCCAGGUUCAGCUACUAAGAAACUUUUUGUUUUAGGCACAUCAAAGAUGAAGAGCCAAAGUAAAUGUGAUGAAAUGAACUCCGAUGUUCCAGAUGCAGCAUCCAAGACAUCCUGCCGCAAGAGAAGACCAUGGAGUCAAGAAGAAAUCCGCGCUGUUGAGAAGACCCUGAUGAAAUUUAUCACUACAGGCAGAACUCCUGGGAAGGCAGACUGCGUUUCUUGUAUCAACUCAGCACCUGAAGCACUUAAGUUCCGUGACUGGAUGUCAGUUAAGUUUUAUGUCAAAAAUCGUUGUGUGUCCUACCAAAGAACCACACAGACCCUUUUAUAGCAAUUUGAUAAGAAUGAGUUUGGGGGUGGGAGAUGGGAAUGUGUUCAGUUUUCUUAACAGGGCUUGAGCAUUUCAGAGGACCACACAAUGCCCUGUACUUACACAGUAUUCUUGUUUAUAUUUUAUGUUGGCAGAGGGUCAGCAAUGUUUUUGUCAUUGGUAUUACAGUACAUGCACUUUAUUUUAACAGUACUUAAAUGAUUUUAGGUUGGGAGAGGGUCAAUUGUGUACUUUCGUUGUUAAUACUACAUGCUCAUACAAACAGGCUUUAGAGGAAAAUUAAUGAUGCUCAUGAUUGUAAUAAUGUUGAAGUGUAAAGAGUUGCGUGUGAGAAGAAGGUAUGUUGUAUCCUUGUUGACGAGGUUCGUUAAAAAUAUUCUGACAACACAAUUUUUUUUAUUCAUUUUAAUAUUUCUUUUAUUUUCAUUAUUCACUUGGUAUCUGCAAUGCCUGAGUAGAUAUUUUAUAUUGAGAAGGUAUCUGCUUUUUCACAUGGUGUUGACUGUAGCAUUACUAGCACUUUCAGAAAUAAUGUACGCUAAUAACUAUCACAACAAUCUACCUCAUAACGUUCUAAUGAAGUGUGGUUGUGCAUUCUGGCACUGUGUUAAGCAGCCAAUAAAUGUGUUGAUUGCUA